ACCAUUUCGUGUUUAUAGUUUCACAAGUAAGAACUACACGGAGAAAAAUAGUUAGCUAUUUAAGCUAAUUUUUAGCUACCUUAGCUAACCUUAAUUGCUAUUAUAUGGAUAGCAAUUAUUGUUAGCUAAUGCAGCUAAUAAUUAGCUAAAAUAGCUAACUUUUUUUGCUAAAACAGCUAAUUAUUAGCUGUAAUAGCUAAAAAUUCGCUAUCCAUAUAAUAGCAAACUCAUUUUUCUCCGUGUAGAAUAUCAAUAUAUUGCACUAAAAAAUUGUAACUAUCUACACUUAAAGAACAUAUUUCACAUUUUUUGUUGUUGAAAUUAUUAAAAUGCUGAACAGUGAACUGAAAAAUCUGGAUAGAUGGAGGAAACAAGUAGCGCUAAAGCUGGGACUAACAAUGAUGAUGUGCCUGGCAAGCACCGUAAAUUUAUCAGCAGCACAAAAUUCUACUUCCCAAAUAAAUUCUAAUAAUUUGUUUCCACAUCCAUUAGUAAAUUCUGUUAAUGAAAUGAAAGUUGGAGUUUCGAAAACAUUAAAAGAUGAAACCGAUUAUUGUUCUGAACCAGAAUGUGUUCAUACAGCAUCAAGAGUGUUGAAGUACUUGGAUACAAGCACAGAUCCCUGUGACAAUUUUUAUAAAUUCGCCUGUGGUCAAUACAUCCAAAGUCAAAUAAAUUUUGGUCCCAGAUUUCACAUGAAAUCUGAUAUACUUGCUACUUCUUCUAAAAUUCAGGAACAAAUUAAACUUAUUCUAAAGCAAGAAGUAAAACCUACGGAACCUAAACAUGAAAAAGUAAUGAAGACUCUUUAUCAAAAUUGUAUUAAUACAGAAAUUAAAAACGAUAAGGAAAUUUUAAAACUCGUUGUGGAUUCUAUAACAAAAGUUGAUGGAUGGCGCUACUUAGAGAAUAAUUCUUUGGAAGACACGAGUUUUCAAUGGGAAGACUUUGAUUCCAAAUUAGAAAAAGAGCUUGAUAUAUAUGAAACACCUUUCUUUAAAGUGCAUGUUGGAGAGGAUAACAUAAAAAAUUCAAAUUACUUUUUUCAUAUUCAUGAACCAUCGAAUCUUGAAGCGGUUUCUAAUCAUUUAAUUACACUUGGAAAUAUUUUUAAUGAAUGUAACCAAUAUGGAAUAUCAAAUGAAAAUGUGUUGAAUGCAAUCGAAAAAAUAAACAAAAUGCUUAUUGACAUACUUGAACCAGAAAACUAUGGAAAAUUGUACAACUUUGAUAGAAUGACUAUUAAAGAGCUUGAAAAUAAUUAUUCCAAUAUUAUGUGGAAGAAACUUUUUAAUACAAGGCUACAUCCAUUCAACGAAGUUAGAGAUGAUGAUAUUGUAGUAAUAUCGGAUAUCAGCUUCUUCAAAAAAUUUAACGAACUUAUUAAUAGUGUUUCAAAAAAUGACCAGGCAAUUUAUCUAAUAUGGAGAGCAAUAGAAAAUAUUUUUAUUAUGAAUAAUGGAAUCAGUGAACAAGUUAGAGGAAAUAAUAAUAACUUUUGUUUCCAAGAUCUGGAAAAGAAAUUCCCUGUUUCUUUGGGUGCUCUUUACGUGAAAAAUUACUAUAAUGAAACAUCUAAUAACAAACACAUUGACGAAAUGUUUACAAAUAUUUUUCAUCAGCUUCAAACAGCCAUUGAAAAUGUGGAUUGGCUAGAUAACAAGACAAAGGAUUAUGCAUUAGAAAAACUAGCUUCAAUGUACGAAACUCGUCAAGAAAUGUUCAAAAUUCCUAACGACAAGGAGUUUGAUGAAUAUUACGCAAACUUAGAAAUUACAUCAGGAGAUUUUUUUGAAUCCAACAGGAAAGUCACCAAAUUUAAAAGAAAUUAUCAAGCUGGAUUAUUCAGACUGCCUUUUAAUAGGUCAAACUUUAUGAUAGAAAUGAACUCAGCAGAAAUGACUGCAUUUUAUUAUCCGAUAUUCAAUACUAUAGGUAUAUCACCGGCCAUGCUUCAAGGAAAUUUAUUUAAUGCAAACAGACCAAUGUAUAUGAAUUACGGGUCAGCUGCAUUUACUUUAGCCCAUGAAUAUACUCAUGGUCUUGUUGGUCAUGGUAGACGAUUUGAUAAAAAUGGAUAUUUCGUUGACUGGUGGCAACCUACAUCUAUUGAGCAAUUUUUUCCAAAGGAACAGUGUUUUAUUUCUCAAUAUGGGAACUACACAGAUGAAGAAGUUCAGAUGAGAGUGAACGGUACUCAAACUCUAAAUGAAAAUAUAGCAGAUGAUGGAUUAAAAAUUGCAUAUUUAGCUUAUCAAAAGUGGGUAGAAGAUCAUGGACCAGAACUCUCGCUUCCUGGAAUUAAUUAUACACAACCGCAACUUUUUUGGAUUAGUUUUGCGCAAUUUUGGUGUGAAUAUGUAUCUCCGGAAUAUAAAAAGAAGCUGUUCUUAAUGGAUAAACAUAGUCCAAACGAAUUUCGAGUCUUAGGUUCUAUUGCGAACCGACCAGAAUUUGCAAGAGAUUUUCAAUGUCCCAUAGGUUCAAAAAUGAAUCCAGAAACAAAAUGUUCUUUUUGGUGAUUGAGGCAUUGAAUUAAACUUUAAUUUAGAAUCAAUGAUCUCAAAUUAUAAAAAACUUAUUAACAUAUCGCUUAGAAUUCACUUCUCAGAUCUUUUUAAAACACCAAUUAACUAUGUGAUAUGUAUUUCACAUAGUAAAAAAUAAUUUAUAAAGCUUCAAAAUAUUUAA